ACCACCUCCUCAGUACCCUAGGACAGAGCUCGAGGCUGGUCGGGGCUAGUCGAGCUGGAAUCCUGGGGCUGCAGGCCUUUCGAGGAAACACCUGCGGAGCGCGCCGCCAGAGCCUGAGAGGUCUGCGCCCGUCUCCCGAGCUCCCCUGCGCUCCUUUCCCGCUCGGGAGCUUUUGCCCUGCAGUCGGUAGCAACUUCCAACGACAGGCGCACAGUGAGAGAUCGGGGAGCCGGGAGGCUGGGAACGCCGAGCGAACAGGGGAGGAGCGGGAGGCGCGCAGCGUCACAGCCUAGGUCUUACCACGCUGAACUUGAUAAAAUUUCCCACUGUUCAGGAGCACGAAGAACUUUAGAGGUAAGAACCACAUCAGUUACCACAUCAGCUCCUGAAAGUGAAGCCAGCGAGGUUGUGGCCCGGGGACAAGAUAGGGUCAGUGUUCAUUGUAUUACAAGAAGCUGCGUUCCCAGGAUGCCUGUAAGCCCCUGGCUUGCAAGGUCAGUCUUCAAACAGUAACGGCGUGGGGCAGGGUAGGAGGACUCCCAGGGCAGUCCACAAAGCCCUGUAUCCCCCAACAAGUGGCUAAAAGAACUCCCGUGGAUUCUGUCCAGAGAGGCUAAGCUGCGGUGAAUGACUCCAUUCCCCGUUUGCACAUGACUGUCAUAGGACGCAGAAGGGACUCCUUGCAGUGGAGUGCCUAAGAGAGGGGGAUGCCUAACGGUGCCCCCCCCGCCCACUGAUGGCAGGUCUCAGAGCAAAGCCUCUACAAGGAGAUGGCGGUUCUGGCUAAUGUUGGCGAGGCUAUGGCUGCCUUGAAAAGAGAAACUGGUUCCUCUUCAGUCUGCAGGGGGCAGAGGGUAGGAAAAGGACCUGUGCUGAGAAGAUGAGUCUCAAGGUUGAAUUGGAAACAAACUUUGCCGAAUGUGUCUUAAAUGCAGGAAAGAUCAUCCUUGGGGAUACACAAAGGAAAGAAAUGAAUCCUGAAUUGUGGAAAAAACAGAGGAAAAACAUCUUGAAAGCAAUAUGUGCUCUGCUGAAUUCUGGUGGCGGAGUGGUCAAGGCUGAGAUUGAGAACAAAGACUACAAUUAUGAAAUCCAUGGAGUAGGCCUGACGAUGCCUUCAAUUUUUAAAGACUAUUUAGAUGAGAUGCAGCAGGGAGAAGUCUUUUUGAUUUUUGUGAGAUCCUGGAACGCAGAUGCCUCUGGUGUACGAAUCGCUACCUUGUGCUCCAAUUUGUACUAUAGAUACAGAGCAUCUACUGAUGUCAUGGAUUCUAAGGAAGCAUUGGCAUUCCUCAAAGGCAAAACUCAGACUCUUAGGAAUACUGAUUCCAGUUCAUUAAGUCCACACAAAGUUCAGGUUGGUGUGCGAAACGAGUAUAACAUAAGGGCCUCAGCUGCUGCUGUAUUCGCUAGAACUCAGCUUCAGUACCUAGAAAAGCUCAACUUUACUAAUUCCCUCCAUGUUGAAUUUAAAAUGUUCUCAACAGAGGAGUCACAGUGCUUUCACGAGAGUCUCCCCAGUUGUGUUUCUGCAUUUGCAAACACUGAAGGAGGGUAUAUAUUUUUUGGUGUGCAUGAUGAGACCCAUGAAGUCAUUGGAUGUGAAAAGGACAAAAUAGAUUUUGACAUGUUGAAGGCUUGUAUUGAUUCCUGUAUUAGGAAUCUCCCUGUCCAUCAUUUCUGUACACAGAAGCAUGAGAUAAAAUAUGCUGUCAAAUUCCUUGAAGUACACAAUCAGGGGACCCUCCAUGGAUAUGUCUGUGCAGUCAAGGUGGAACAAUUUUGCUGUGCAGUGUUUUCCAAGAUGCCCAGUUCCUGGCAGGUGAAGGACAAUUGUGUGAAACAGCUGGACACGAAGCAAUGGAUAGCUUGGAUGAUGGAAGCCGACCCAGAUCUUUCCAGAUUUUCUGAGAUGGUCCUUGCAUUGAGUUUGUCAUCCACUACACCCCGCAGCAGGACUGUGUGCACUCAUAAGAAUUUUGAAUGUCUGGAAGCACAGCAAAAACGUUACUUUCCAGUAUUACCAGACAGAAUGGUGUAUACACCAGAAAGCGUCUACAAGGAGCUGUUCUCAACACAUAAAGGACUCAAAAACUUAAUAAAUAAGGAAAUGCGCUCUUUCUCUCAAGGAAUAUUGAUAUUCUCUCGAAGCUGGGCUGUGGACGUGGGUCUGCAAGAGAAGCAGGGAGUCAUCUGCGAUGCUCUUCUGCUUUCCCAGAACAACACCCCACGCCUCUACACUAUCCUCAGAGAGUGGGACCCAAGCUGGAAGGGCUACUCUAGGAAAGUCGCCCGCGUCUUAAAACAGACGCUGGUGAACACAGGUGGCUACACUGGGAAAUUGUGUGUCACUCCCUUGAUCUUCCUACUGAAUCCUGAUAAUACAGCAACGACUCUUCAUGAUUUGGAUUUGCAAAUUUACCCCAACUCCUAUAACCUUAGGACCACCCAGCACAUGGAAGCUCUGUUACGGUCCCUUGUGAUAGUCUUGCUCAGAUUCCGAUCUUUCUUAAGUGAAGAUCUGGGCUCUGAGGUUUUCAGCCUCCUCACAGAUAAACAGUAUGAGUUGCUUUCAAAGAACAUUCGCAUGACUAGAGAACUGUUUGUUCAUGGCUUACCUGGAUCAGGGAAGACCAUCCUGGCUCUUAGGAUAAUGGAGAAGAUCAGGAAUGUGUUUCACUGUCAACCAGAUGAUAUUCUUUACAUCUGUGAAAAUCAGCCUCUGAAGAAUUUUGUGAGCCAGAGACAUGUCUGCCAGGCAGUGACCCGGAAAACCUUCAUGAAAAAUGACUUCCAAAAGAUUAAGCACAUCAUCAUCGAUGAAGCUCAGAAUUUUCGCACUGAGGAUGGAGACUGGUAUGAGAAGGCAAAAGCCAUCACUCAGAGAAAAAAGGAUUGCCCAGGAAUUCUCUGGAUCUUUCUAGACUACUUUCAGACUACCCACUUGAGCUGCAGUGGCCUCCCUGCUCUCACAGCCCAGUAUCCAAGAGAAGAGCUCACCAGAGUGAUCCGUAAUGCAGAUCCAAUAGCCAAAUACCUACAAGAAGUAAUGCAGGAAGUCAGAGAAAAUCCUCCAUGUAACAUCCCGCCUGCGUCCCUGGAGAUGGUUCAUAAAGCUGAAUGGGCUCAGGGUAUUCCGGGCUACGUGGAGAUUAUGGAGUACUUGGACAUGGAAGAUAUGGUGUUCCAAGUAGCAAAGAAAUGCCACUUUCUCUUUAGGAAUGGUUAUUCUCCCAAGGACAUUGCUGUGCUUUUCAGCAAAGCAAGUGAAGUGGAAAUAUAUAAAGACAAGCUUCUAAGAGCAAUGAGGAAAAGAAAUACAUCUCAGCUCGAUGGGGAAUCUGAUCUUUUAGUACAGAUCCAAGAUGCAUCGGAUAUCAUGGCCAAUCACAUCGUGUUGGACAGUGUCCGUCGAUUUUCAGGCCUGGAAAGAAACAUCGUGUUUGGGUUCAACCUAACAGCUGAGCCAGAUAUUUUCCAUAAUCUUCUGCUCUGUCUGGCUUCCAGGGCAAAGAAACAUCUCUAUAUUCUGAAGGUUCCUAUUUGACAGGAAGAUCCCAGGCUAAGAAACAAUUAGGUAGCUCUCAUCUCUAGUUAACCAUGAAACUAUUUGAUCUAAACAUUGAAUUGUCGAGUAUUUUAUGAGCACUCACUCUGAGCCAUGUACUCUCCUAGGUGCUGGGGAUCAGGGGUAGGGUAUCAAACUAGGCAGACAAGAUUUCUUCUUUAGGGCAGAGGUAAAUCACAGACAAGUAAACAAAUACAAGUACAAGACAUUUCAGAUAGGGGCACCUGGUUGGCUCAGUCAGUUAAGUUUCCAACUGUUGAUUUUGGCUCAGGUC